AUGGCGCGUCCCCUUCUGUUCCUCGCCGUCCUCCUCCUCUUCCUCGUCCUCUCCGCCUCCGCCCACGGCGACAACUCCGAUUCCGACGCCGGCGAAGAAAAACCCCACCUGAGGUCCCGGUCCCUGAUUCUGGUCAAGAUUUGGUGCUUGAUACUUGUGUUCGUGGGGACGUUCGCCGGCGGGAUGUCCCCGUACUUCAUGAAAUGGAAUGAGGGUUUUCUGAUACUGGGGACGCAGUUCGCGGGAGGGGUUUUUCUGGGGACGGCUUUGAUGCAUUUCUUGAGCGAUUCGAACGCGACCUUUGGGGACUUGACUAGUAAAGAGUACCCGUUUGCUUUCAUGCUCGCCAGCGCUGGCUAUCUGCUCACUAUGUGGGCCGAUUGCGUUGUUUCUCAUGUUUAUGGCAAACACGGUGAUGGUUCCGCUAACGGUACCGCCGGAUUUCAAGGAAAUGCUCAUAGUGCAGCAGGCAACCAUAUUAAACAGAACUCGAGGGACCAAGACCCAGAAAGCCGUUUGGCGAAAUCUUCGUUGGCCAGAGCAUCUUCGCUUGGGGACAGUGUCCUGCUAAUAGUGGCCCUUUGCUUCCACUCGGUGUUUGAGGGCAUAGCCAUUGGGGUGGCCGAGACGAGAUCAGACGCUUGGCGCGCCCUGUGGACCGUUUGCCUCCACAAAAUAUUCGCAGCCAUUGCCAUGGGAAUAGCUCUACUUAGGAUUAUCCCGGACCGUCCUCUUCUGUCUUGUGUGGCUUAUGCAUUUGCUUUUGCUAUAUCGAGUCCAGUUGGGGUGGCUAUUGGCAUUAUAAUAGAUGCCACGACUCAGGGCCCAGUUGCCGACUGGAUAUAUGCGGUGUCAAUGGGCGUGGCUUGUGGGGUGUUUAUCUAUGUUUCUAUCAAUCAUUUGCUGUCGAAGGGGUAUAAGCCUGAGAAAGAGGUCUCGUUCGACACUCAAGGGUAUAGGUUUAUGGCUGUCUUGUUGGGGGUUGGGGUAAUUGCUGUUGUCAUGAUUUGGGAUACUUAG